AUGAAUUUUGCAAAUGAAUUUCAAAACUAUAUAAAUAAUCUAGAUAAAUGUAAAGAAUUACUACUAUUUAACGAUGAUAAUAUUUUGAUUAUUAAAGAUAAAUAUCCAAAAUCAAUAAGACAUUAUCUUAUUAUACCAAAACUGUCAAGAAUUACUCAUGUUCAUCCACUAGAUGUAUUUGAUAAUAUUUAUGAUGAUUAUUCAGGGGUAGAUUUAUAUGAAUUAUUGAAAGGUUAUGUUGAUAAAGCUAAAGAUUUGAUUAUAAAGGAUUUAUCAGAAAGUUUAAAUUGUAAAGAUCAAUUAAAAUUGGAUGAAUUGAAAAAUAAUUUUAUUGUGGCUGGGGUUCAUUCUAUACCCUCAUUAAAGAAUUUACAUAUUCAUGUUAUGACUAAAGAUUUUCAUUCGCCUUGUUUGAAAAACAAAAAACAUUAUAAUUCAUUUACAACUAAAUUUUUUGUUCCAUUUGAAGAAUUAAAUCCAUUAUAUAAUGAAAAAUAUUAUAAAUUGGUAGAUAAAAAUGAAGAAAAUGUUGAUUCAGAAUCUGAUUUUGAAGAGGAAGAAGAAGAAAAAUUUGAUGAGGAUGAAAAGCCAAAAUUUAUUAGACACACAAGAGGUAAAGCAUUUUUAGAUGAUAUGAUCAAAAAUACUCCUUUUAAAUGUACUUCAUGCUCAAAAACGUUUGGCAAUUCAAUGGUGAAUUUAAAAAACCAUUUAGCUGAAGAGUUCAACAGAAGAUAUAAUAAAUUGGGUAAUGCUUCUAAUCUCAAACCAAAUGAUUCAUGA